AUGGGUCCAACUACGCAGAACAGCACACAGAAGCGCCGCGCCAAGAAGGCUGCCGGUCCCCACGCAGCGGCAGCCGAGAAGGAGCACAUUCUCGAGGCGCGCCGCGAGAAGAACAGGGAAGCACAGCAUGUCUUCCGCAAGCGACGGCAGGCGGCCGAAGCGGCUAUGGGCCGACGCUUCAAGCGUCUCGAAGAUGUGGUGGAGGAGAUGAGCUCCAUCCUGAUCGGUCUCUUUGACGACAUUCUCGCCAACGAGUCGCUCGUGACGCAGUACCCUUCCAUCAUUAGCAGCCUCCAGAGGUCCAUGGGGCGGGUCCUGGCGCUGACCAAGGAGGUUGCUGCCAUGGACGACGACGCCCUGGGUCUGGUGGACGAUGCGAAAGUGAAAUCUUCAGAACAGGCCCCGGACUCAAAGGCUGUCGUUGCAAAUGCAGCCAUCACUCACAAAAGCCAGCCUACCCCAUCGGCGCCUGUCGCUCCUCACACGCUGGCUGAUACAUCCGCACCUGGUAUGCAGGGCACGACGUCCCGGCCAGUCAACUCAUCUCUUAGCAUCUACUCGCCAACAGCUCCCAUCAGCGCAGGCUAUACGCCAACCGAUCAGUUCAUGACGUCUCUGCCAAACUCACUCUCACCAGACGACGCGCUGGGGGACAGCGGUUGGGACACUUUACUCCCUAAACAGCCUGGAUAUACGCUUCAUCCCCCGCAAGAGACCUUCCAACCAGCAUACUCCUUCCCCUUUCGACUCAUUGAGAUAUCCCUCACGCACGGAUAUGCUCUCAUUACAACGGCGCCACUGGCCAACAUUCAGCGUGAAUUCGGCAGGACGCUUCGCUACCGUCGACGGGAGGAAAUUAUUGCCUCCUUACAAUGGGCUCUUGGAGCAGGGAGGGAAUACAUGUACCAGACCUCCAAGUUUGAGUUCCUAGAGGCCGACCCUGAACAUCUUCCCGUGUGUCACUCGACCCCUCCGCCAUUCUCAUCACCGCAGGACGAAAAGGAGAUGGAGCCCGAUUUCAUCACGGCCGCCGGGGUGUACAAACUACUCAAGGGUCUAGGGGCCAUCAUGUUGGACGCAGAUACAAUGGAGAUCCAAAUCCGGAGACCGAGUCUGUCCACGUCUGGCGGAACAACAGGCCAUCUAGGCUGGCUCUCGCUGUAUCCAGAUGCGUUCGAGACUCCCACUACGAAAAUGAGGCUGCAUGUGCCGCAGCUGAUGACGCAGUUGAUGCACAUUGGGAUUUGUUCCGAGACGGGCCCAAGAUACCCGCAGCGGGACGUGUGGAGGACCAUAGAGGGUUUGGCGAGACUGGCUUGA